AUGACCGUUGGGAAGCAGCACGAUGGCUACUGGACGAGCGACCGCAUGUGCGCCCAACUGCCGGCGGCUAUCGCCACGUUCGAGCUGACGCAUGGGCCGCACCGGCAGGGUGUCUCCAUCUUCGACAAUUCCACCGGGCACAACACUUAUGACGACGACGCGCUGCUGGCCCACAAGAUGAGCUUGGCGCCUGGCGGGGAGAAGACCGCGCUCAGGGUGUUCGAGGAUGACAACGGGAGGACAGUACACCCUACACCCCAGCUUGGUGGCACCCUGCUCACCGACAAGAAGAUUUUCUUGCCGAAGACAGAGGCGCAAGAGAAGACCAAGGGGCGCAAGUUUGGAACGGGGCUCGACAAAAAGCAGUACCCCUUUGGAACCAAAGCCACACCUGGAUCGCCGCUGCUUGGGCUCAACAAAGGAGGAGAGCAGAUGCUCAAGGGGAUGGGGUUGUGGCGGCUUGACGGCGAGAGGGCGAAGGGGCUCGUCAAGUGUUCCAACAAGUGCAAGGCCCACAACGCGACAUCACGGCAGGCGAUCGCAGCAUUCAACAAAGACGGUCGGGAACGGGAGAGACUUGUAGAGCAAGCGCAGCGGGAGCAGCAGAAUUCUUCCGCCUAA